AUGUUUCCACUUUUAGUGGUGUUUGCCCUUAUCGUCCCAUUCCGGCCCUUCGAUGCAGAAGGUGCGCUCCUGGCUUCGUCUUCCAUCGAGUACUGUGAGCGUGGAAGCACCACGGAUUUGCUUCCGUGUGAGAAGAAGAUGGUGGUGACUUUGUCGGUGGAUAAUGCCCAGGAUGCAGGUGUAGAAGAGUUUGUGCUUCUGCAAGAUGCCGUGGACAAAACACGAGGUACUGGGGAAGAGCCCGUGAAAUUUGAACCAAUCCGUCUGACGACGAAAAAGUCACGCGUGCAACAUAUAUACCCCCUUUUUUACGAACAGAAUUUUAACUCCAAGCCAUACGAGGAGCAGAUUCCAGCGGAAAUAAUUGGGUGCGAGGAUGGAUCCAACUCGAAGGCGACAUGCGGGGUGGUCCUAGAUGCAGCUGGGGAAACAAUUCCAUACAGCGAGGGAUUUUGUUGUCGUUGCGGUAUGUGCCAAUUGUUGGGCAUCUGCCCUCCAGACAGCCGCGGCCUUCAAGUAUGCAACGUUUUUGGAGAGGCUUCAAUGGCCUCGUGUCUCCGUUUUGGAGAGCUCUGGUACAGUGGGUACAGCAUAGGCUCAGCCUCUACCUGGUACCGCUUGGAGGUAAAGCUAACGGCUAACUCCUCAACUGAAGCCACCAAAGCGAGGCAGGCAGUCUUUGAGUUGGGACCGGAUGUGCUUUCGGGUUCAUCACCGGAGUUUGGAGCUUGGGUCAAUAUUGUGGGGGACUUUGUGCCCUCAGAAGCGCCACUGGUUCUUACUGAGAAAAUGCUUUUUGUCCCCACCCUUCCAAGAAAACAUAAGCUUGUUUUGGCAGGAUCAUCAGAGUGGUUAUUGCUAGACAAACACCGUGUGAGCAUACAGGGUCGAGAGUGUGACAAGGUAGGGGUUUCAUAUGAGGCUUUUGCUAGUCAGGGCAGCAGAUGCCAGUUGAGGCGGGGGUCGUGUCUGGCCGAUCAGUUGGAGGACUACCGUUUGAGUGACAUUGCAGUUGAAGCCAAAGGGGGCAGAGGUCAGUAUAUGGCUCGUUUUUUUGGCGAUUUUGUGCUGGGUAACGCCAACGCCACCGACGGCCCAACCCUCUCGUACUGGAUGCAAAAUUCAUUGACGACGAUGGUCACUAUUGUCAUUUCGGCGGACAGACUGAAAUAUGUGCUGUCCGUCUCCCCGGGCGAAAUCAUCGCCACAGAGGUGUCGAAGUCGGUAAUCGAGAGUGCUUCGAGAGAUGGUGUGCUUGUGGUGACGGUGCGCAAUACUGGAAGCAUCACAGCGCAAUACACCCUUGGAGUGGGAAACUGUUCGCGACAUGUUCACCCCAUGAUGGCCCAGGCUGUGAGUAUGGCGCCACAUCAGACACUGACGCGCGUUUUUGACUUGAAUGUGCAGGGCACGUUGGAAAAGGGACUAGUGCAUUGUGAUGUGACGUUACAGGACGCGCGAGGUGGUGUUACCGACAAGAAGCUUGUGGAGUUUCGCGUGACAAGCGUGGAGUGGAAGAACGGAACACAGGGCGGUAAUGCACCCAGUGGAAACGGCGGCAGCGUGGGUGGCAAUAACGGUUCAGCUUGCAAGCGUUGUGAGUGGUACAACAUUGUGUGCUUCUUGAUGCAUAGGUGUUGGUGGCAGCCACUGUUAUAUGUUCUGGUUGUUAUUGCUGUGCUACUAGGGGUAUAUUUUUUUUGUAAAAUGUUUUCUUGUAUCAAUGACGAGCAUAAGGAUCGUGAGUGGCCUAUUUAG